AUGGUUACACCAUUCGUCACACGACACAGGAGUCAGACAGAGGGCCGGUCUCCUGAGCCGCGUAAAGUCCAAGCACUGUGGGGCCGAGACUGGCUGAGGAAAUUACAGCUGGAUUGGAAGUCCAUUGAAAGCCUGCAGGUGGCGCCAAACACCACCGACAAGUCCACAGAGGUCAAAUUGGAGACAGUCUUGGUGGCUGCAACGCCUGUAUUCCAAGAUGGAAUUGGGACAUUAAAAAACAUAAAGGGCAAAAUUGUUCUUCAAGACGGGGCCAUCCCACGUUUCCACAAAGCACGGCCAGUUCCGUACGCCAUACGACAGAAGGUGGAAGCGGAGCUGGACCGCCUAGAGGCCGACGGAAUUCUGUCUAAAGUUGACUGGAGCCCAUGGGCCACACCCAUUGUCCCAGUAGCAAAGAAGUCAGGGGCAGUGAGGGUGUGUGGGGACUUCAAAAUCACAAUCAAUCCUGUGCUACAAGCAGAACAAUAUCCACUUCCCAGGAUCGAGGACAUUUUUGCAAACCUGGCUGGUGGAAAGCGGUUCACCAAGGUGGACCUGGCGGAGGCCUAUCUACAGAUGGAGAUAGAGGAAGACUCGAAGAUGUUCCUGACCAUCAAUACUCUGAAGGGCUUGUACCGCUACAACAGGUUGGUAUUCGGAGUGGCCUCAGCCCCGGCUAUCUGGCAGCGUGCUAUGGAUCAGGUGUUGCAGGGGAUUCCAGGUACACAGUGUUACUUAGAUGAUAUAAUUGUGACUGGGGCCAACGAUAACGAACACCUGGAGAACCUCCAUAAGGUCUUACAGAGACUUCAAGAUUACGGACUCCGGGCCAGACGUGACAAGUGUGAGUUUUUCAAACCAUGUAUCACAUACUGCGGCCACACCAUUGAUGCACAGGGUUUGCAUAAAUGCAAAGAAAAGAUCAAUGCCGUCAUGAAGGCUCCUCAGCCACAGGAUGUACAGCAACUGAGAUCGUUCCUUGGAUUCAUCAACUACUACCACCGGUUCAUGCCUAACCUGUCUACAGUGCUCCAUCCUCUGAACGAACUACUCCAGGCAGAACGGAAAUGGAAAUGGACCAAGGAAUGCGAACAGGCCUUCCAGGAAGUAAAAAGGCUGGUGACAUCAGAGACAGUGCUCACACACUACGACCCGUCCUUGCCUGUGAAGUUGGCAUGCGACGCGUCACCGUAUGGUAUAGGGGCCGUUAUGUCACAUGUCAUGCGGGACGGCACUGAGAGACCAAUAGCAUUUGCCUCCCGCUCCCUGUCCUCGGCUGAGAAAAAUUACUCCCAAAUAGACAAGGAGGCACUGGGCCUGGUCUGGGGCGUAAAACGAUUUAACCAGUACUUAUACGGCAGGGAGUUACCCUCGUGA